AUGGAAGACAAGAUGUUAGAAAUCAUAGAUCAUUUAGAUUCAAAUGAUAUAACUGAAAUAUCAACGGGAUUAGAAUUAUUAGAUGUUUUAUUACGUUCUUUAUUACCAUAUAUUAAAACGUAUUCAAAAUUAAAAUCCAAGAGAACAUCAUUACAACCUCAAAGAAUACCACAAGAAUUGAAUACAUUUAUAGAAUUACAAGAUAAUUUCCAAUAUAAUAUAACUGAACAUUUAUUAAAUAUAUAUAAAUUAAACCCAAUAGAAGUUAAUUAUGAUACUUUCUUAAUAACAAAUCGAUUACUUCAAGGAUUAUUAUUAAUUCAUUCAAAUUCUCGACAAUUAUUUCAUAGACAAAGAAAUAUGAAAUUAAUCCUUGAUUUAUUAUUAAUUAGUGAAGAUAUAAAUAUUGAAUUAACUAUAUCAAUAAUUACAACUUUAAUUCAUAUUUUAUUAAAAGAUUUUAUUAAUUAUAGAAUAUUUGAAAAUUUAAAUGGUUGUUCAAUAUUAAUUAAGAAAUUUAAAUUAACUUCAUUUGAUAAUUUAAAGAAGAACCAAACGGUUAAUACUACAUCAAUAUCUAUUGAUCAAAAGAAUUUGAAUUUUAAAAUUAUUGAAUUCUUAAUGUUUUAUUUAACUGAUGAAAAUGUUCCUGGUAAUGAUAAUUCAACAAAUAUUAAAUCAAUUAAAGAUAAAUCAAAUUAUUUUAAACAAGAUUUCCCCGAGAUUGAUGAUUUAAUUCAAAGUUUAAAUGAAUUAAAAGAUCUAUAG